AUGCCGGUUUCAAGGUUUCAUUCGUUCGUUCACUCUCCUCACAAAUUGCUGAAACAAUCGGGAGGCGAUCGGCAGCUUGCGAUACUGCGAUACACACGAUCGGGACGAAACACACGGGCGGAAUCGUUCGCGCCAAAGCAAACCAUUGUUCCGACGGAGGUGCAGGGAAUUGUCAUAGAAUCUGGCUAUAUUGAUCCGUCCAAAAUUUGGCGAUCAUUUCUGUUCACCGUAGCGUUCACGACUGGUAGCUUUGUAGGAGUAUCCAUCUGGGAGUAUGAAACGGUGCGUGCGCGUGCCAUGAAAGCGCUGCGAAGCAAGCUGAGUACGAACUGGUUCCGCGAGCGAGCAAAACAGCACCGUCAGGAAAUGGACCAUUGGCAACGGGAGCUGAGCGGCUGGUGGAGCAAACUGUCGCCCGGUGAACGAGUAUUUGCACCGAUCUGUGCACUGAACGCGGUCGUUUACGGACUCUGGCGGAUACCGAGGCUUGCGCCAACGAUGGUAAAAUAUUUUGCCUCAAACCCUGCGGCAAAAGCGGUCUGUUGGCCCAUGGUACUGUCAACGUUUAGUCACUACUCAUUGUUCCACAUUUUGGCCAACAUGUACGUUCUGCACAGCUUUUCCCACGCGGCCGUUGCUACGCUCGGGCGGGAACAGUUUUUGGGAAUGUAUCUGAGUGCCGGCGUGAUAGCGUCGUUUGCCAGUCACGUCUUUAAAACCGUUUCUCGACAGCCAGGCCUAUCAUUGGGUGCAUCGGGCGCCAUCAUGGCCGUGUUGGCGUACGUCUGUACGCAAUAUCCGGACACACAACUUAGCAUACUGUUCCUACCAAUGUACACGUUUUCUGCCGGGGCGGCAAUAAAAGUCAUAAUGGGCAUCGAUCUGGCCGGUGUGCUGCUGGGAUGGAGAAUAUUCGAUCACUCGGCCCAUCUCGGAGGCGCCAUGUUCGGAUUGUUUUGGUGUUACUUCGGGGCCCACAACCUGUGGCCGCUGCGGGAGCACUUCGUUGGCUACUGGCACGAACUAAGGGGACCACCGAAGAAAUAGCCUUGAACAUCACCAGCGCAGUGAAUGCUGGAGAAGCAGAAAUAGAAUAAAAUUUGAUGC